AUAAAGGAAUGCAAAUUCAUCGUCCGCUUCGUGCAGUACGGGCACCUGAUAUAAUUGCUUCUGCUCUUGUAAAUCCUACCGAUUCUUUAAGAAGACGAGAAAGAGAUAGUGGAAUAAGUAGAAGCAUUAUCAGUAGAAUUUUGCGAGAAAAUUCAUUUCAUCCAUAUCGAAUGUCACUUCACCAGGCCAUGACAUUGGACGAUCAUAGACAAAGACUGAUAUUCUGUAAUUGGAUUACUCAACAAUUACCUACUUUCCAUAGAAGUAUCUUGUUUUCUGAUGAGUGCACCUUCAAAAGUGACGGCGAAGUGAACACACAUAAUCUCCGUUAUUGGGUGCAAGAGAAUUCACAUUGGUAUCGAGAAAUCGAUCAUCAACGUAUCUGGAAAGUCAAUGUUUGGUGCGGAAUUGUUGAUACGCAUAUCGUCGGACCAUUUUUCUUUGAAGAAAAUCUAAACCGUUUUCUGAUGGAUGUCCAGCCCACACGUCUGUCAUUGCUCGUCAACAACUGAACCGCAUAUUUCGCGGCCAAUGGAUAGGUAAAUAUGGUCCACAUAACUGGCCACCAUGA